UACAUACUUGUAUUAUGCAGUCUACAAUGUCAGCAGAAGUAAUGGAGUAAGGAGUAAGAGUAACAAUUGAACAAUUAAAAACCAGGAAUAAACGAAAUGGGCAAAUCUCAUUUCAUAUUUCUUACUCCUACUCCAUUACUUCAGCUGGGUUCGGGGAGACGCUAUUAGCGCUAAAAGUAUCAUUCUAUCCUUGUUGCUCAGUGAAUGUCGAAGAAAGAUAAAGCACGCUCACAGCGCUAAAAGCGUGUCCCAACUGCUGACAUUGUAGACCUUACAUUAGAGACCGUUUUUCUUACUAAAAAAAAUUAAUUUUUAAAUUACGUUUAGGGGGAGGUUUGUAGGAAGGCUUACUCCCAAAAAAUGCCUUAGUUUAAUAGAUCAAUAUGAUUAAUAGAUCAUAUUGAUCUAUUAAGAUGUAACACAUCUGCAUGAAACAUUAUACUCAACAGGUAGUAUAUAUAAAGAAUCGAAUGGUUUUUAAUUACGAGAAAUUUUCAUGUUUGGCCAUCUGGUGACAAGCAAAGUACAUUAAAGAACUCAUUGAACAACUCUGUCAAGAGAGAAGGCUGAAGAGACCUGCCUUAGACCUUUUUUCGGAUCGCAACACUAGCGCUCGCACUCGUUCUGGUUUUAUAUUAUUGCUGCUUUCCAUUUAUAUAUAAGUAUAGCACCGAAAUCACUGUUCAUUGUCAUUCAGUGAAUAAUACACUGAAUAAUAUACUGAUUCCAAUUUAAGGAGGAUUAGUAAUGAUUAGUAACUACUAUUUUACAAAGAUAAACAUUUAACACACAUUUACAAAAUAUGGCAGUGCAGACUAUGGUUUUGAAUAAUGGCAUAAAAAUUCCUAUACUCGGACUUGGUACCUGGCAGGCAGGCGAUGAUCCAAAAAGCGUUGAGCAAGCUGUGAACGAUGCUGUCGAUGCUGGGUAUCGGCAUUUUGAUUGCGCUUACAUAUAUCAGAAUGAAAAGGAAAUUGGCAAAGUCUUAUGCGAAAAAAUUGCGAAAGGAGUCGUGAAAAGAGAAGAUCUCUUCAUUACUACCAAGUUAUGGAACACAUUUCAUAAACAAGGCGCUGUGGUGCCGGCUUGUCGAAGAUCCUUGAAGAAUUUUGGACUUGACUACGUGGAUCUAUAUCUAAUACACUGGCCCAUUUCUUAUGCGGAAAAUGCUGACGGAAUAAUACCGGUAGACGAGAACGGCGACCCAAUGUUCGGACACGAGGAUUUCCUGGAUACGUGGCGCGGCAUGGAGGAAUGCGUGAGAUUGGGUUUAACAAGGAGUAUCGGCCUCAGCAAUUUUAAUUCCGAGCAGAUCGAUCGUGUGUUGUCGAUCGCCCAAAUAAAGCCGGUAAUGAAUCAGGUGGAAUGCCAUCCGAAUUUGAAUCAAAAGAAAUUGAGGGAUUUUUGUGCGAGCCGUGGUAUAGCUGUCACAGCUUACAGUCCAUUUGGUUCACCUAAACGGAUUUGGGCUAAACCCGGCGAUCCGAAAGUUAUUCUUGAUGAGCCAGAAAUUGUAAAUAUCGGAACUAAAUACGGCAAAACUCCCGCGCAAGUUAUUCUGAGAUACUUGAUUGAUAUUGGUACCAUACCAAUCCCAAAAUCCAGUUCAAAAAAGCGUAUCAAACAAAAUAUUGACAUCUUUGAUUUCAAGUUAACUCCAGAGGAAAUUACCAUAAUCGACAAAUUUGAUUGCGGUGGACGUGUAUUGCCUCUUGAAGAAUUGAGGCCUCUGUGUUGUAACCGGCAUUUCCUAUUGCUUGCACCUACUUGCCGGAUAAUAAUGGUUAAUAUUCCGAUAAUCACAUUCUCAAAUGGAUUCAAAAUGCCGAGUUUGGGCCUCGGAACUUACAAGUCCCAAAUGGGAAAUGUGAAGAAAGCUGUUAAGGACGCAAUAGAACUUGGAUAUCGUCAUAUCGAUACAGCUUCUUUUUAUGAUAAUGAAAAAGAGAUAGGAGAAGCCAUUCGUGAAGUAAUCAAAGAUGGUAAGGUGGCUAGAGAAGAUUUAUUUAUUACCACAAAGCUGUGGAAUAAUUGUCACAAAGAAGAGCUUGUUGUCCCAGCCUGUAAACAAUCAUUGGCCAAUCUUGGUUUAGAUUAUGUGGAUCUCUAUUUAGUUCACUGGCCAUUCGCUUUCAAGGAAGGGGAUGAUCGGCUACCUACAGAUGCUGCUGGAAAUCUUGUUGAAUCGGAUACCGAUUACUUGGAAACAUGGAGAGGAAUGGAAGAAUGCAUUUUCGAAGGUUUAACCCGCAGUAUUGGAAUCAGUAAUUUCAAUUCUGAGCAAAUUACCCGUUUACUUGAAUCGGCUAAAAUUCAACCAGUCAAUAAUCAAAUUGAAGUUAAUAUAAAUGUAAACCAGGAGAAAUUAGUGGAUUUUUGCAAGAAACAUGAUAUUACAGUAACUGCUUAUUCUCCUUUGGGACAACCUGGAAAUUCGUCAGGCAUUGACAAUAAAUUAGAUAACCCUGUAAUAUUGGAAUUUGCAAAAAAAUAUAAUAAAACACCGGCGCAAGUAGCACUUCGCUAUGUGUAUCAGCAGGGAACUGUGCCGAUACCUAAAUCUGUAACUAAAAGUCGAAUUAAAGAAAACAUGGAAAUUUUUGACUUCACAUUAACAUCCGAUGAGAUGGACGCUAUCCGUAAACUCGGCACUGGUGAAAGAGUAGCAUAUUUCCUCGCUGCGAAAGAUUUCAAAUACUUUCCUUUCAACAUUCCAUUUUAAAUGAAAUCCAUAUGACAAGGAGGGAGAAGAAAGAAAAAAGAUAAAUGUGUUUAUGGAAAA